AUGAAAGCGGCUGACCCAAAUGACCAGUAUGAAAGCGGAUCACAACGGAUCACAAGUAUGAAAGCGAUGAGAGGUAUGGAAGGUAUGAAAGCGGAUGAGCCAAAUGAACAGUAUGAAAGCGGAUCACAAGUAUGAAAGCGAUG